AUGACUGAGAAGGACCUCAGGAACAUGAUGCGCACGAUGGAUGCGGAAGUCGACACUCUGCGCGCCCAGAUCCGCAACGAAGUCGAGGACGCAGUCAUGAGAAUCCAAAAGGAGCUCAUGAAGCAGCUGAUGCUCCUGGGCAAGGACAAGCGGUCCAUGCCGAUGGUCGAAUUCCUCAGCGAGCACGGCGGCUCGCUCGACGACGCCAUCCGUGCUGACCUCCAGCGCCGCAAGGACGCUGUUGCGUCCGCGUUCGCGCAGGAACCCACGACGUCGGGCCCCGGAACCGUCACGCGCACCACGCGCAAGCGCGGGGCGCGCGCCAUGGAGGCGGCGGCGGCGCCCUCGGCGCGCAAGCGCACGGCCUCUGCGCUGAUGACGCCCGGGCCGUGCGGGUCGGCGCUGGGGGGGCUGGCGCUGGUGCCUGCGUCGCGGAUGCCGCGCGCCGGGGAGAUGGUGUACUCGGAGAACGGGUCUCCGAUCGGCUACGCGGGCAUGAACGGCUCGAUCGUCACGCCCGCGCCCACGCAAGGCGGCAAGCGCACCGCGCGCGGGCGCGCUGCAGCUGCGUGCGGCGCUGUCGUGGAGCCUGUGCCCGAGGAGGACGGCGGCGACGCGGAGCAGUGCGACGAAGGGGGCGACGGCGAGGGGCAGGGCGUGUGCGUGGUCGUGCCGGGCUCGAACGGCAAGGCGGUGGAGAUGCAGGUGAGUGUGAGGGGGGGGAGUAAGGGUAUUGUGGAGAAGCUGCAGGGGGGGUUGCAGGGGCUGCUGGCGAGCUUCUUGGGCAGCGUGACGAGCCCGAAGUGA